AUGGCACCCUCGGCGGAGAACCACAGCCGGUCACACAGCCUCUUACUGUUCCAGAAGUUGCUCAACCUGAGGGAUGGUGCAAGCCCUUUGACCUUGAUGCUGGACAGUCUUGAGCAAGGCGCCGCGCCAGUCCUUCGGGAGUUCGUCUCCCGAGCCAAGGUUGCAAAGGCCAAGGUAAUUCUGCUCUCUUUCGCGACGCUCAAACGCCCACGAGGCGUGGACGUCGUCGUCAGAGCCCGCGGCAAAAACCUCAAGGCGCUGAGAGCAGAGAUUCUUUCACAUUAUCCCAAGAUGGACCCUACGGCAGCCAAGAGUGCACCUCCUCCUCAAAAAACAGUAGUCCUGCUCGACUCCCUCAACGAGCUCGCCACAGCGGCGCCGCAGGUCCUGCCCAGCUUCCUCUCCAGCAUUAUCAUGCCCGCCGUGUCGCUGGUGGCCGUCUACCACACCGACGUGCCCCUCGUCCUCCCGCACACGGUGAGCGAGUACGAGCCGCACCCGCUGACGGUGCUCUCCCACCUGGCAACCUCUAUCCUGCGGCUCUCGGGCCUGCGGCAGGAGAUUGAGCGCCAAAAGGCGCGAAACAGGAGCCUGCAGGAACCAGAAUGGGGACUUGGGGAAGGGCGGGAGGGCGUCCUCGUCGGGCUCAAGGGCGACGUCAAGUCGGAGGACUAUCACGGCGUCGUGGUCGAGAUGGAGGUCAGGAGGCGUAGCGGGCGGGCCAUGGCAGAGAAGUUUGUCAUCUUGCCAACAAAGGGACACGUUUCUUCUUCCACAGCUUCUGCUGCUGUUGCAGCAAAGGGUUCGAAAAUUUUCUUACUCUCGGAGCACCCCGUUUUCGCUGCCCCUGAAGGUUCUGGAGAGGCAGAAGCAGGUAACGUGGAGGAUGAGGAGCCGGAGAGCACGUUCAACCUGGGUCUCACAGAGAAACAGCGAAGGGACAGAGAGGGUAUCGUUCUGCCUUACUUUGACGCCCAAACGGACAUAGGGGCUGGUGAGGGUGGCAGGAUCCUGUAUGAGAUGGGCAGGGAGGACGACUUUGACGACGAGGAGGAUGAGAUUUAG